UUUGGAGUGUACAGUGGUUACCGGUGUGUACUACAUAAACCUAUGCAGUCCUACCGUGCGCUACCGUGCACACUAUAAUGUAUAUCAGCACAUACUACGUAUAAAAAUACUCUUGUGUGUGUGCCCUUUGCAUCCACAGUGUAGUCUAAUUCGGAGUGCUGACCUCUACUACACCUUAGACUGAUAGUGUCGAACGACGAACUUGACUGAGACGGCAUUCAAGUGCAUGCACCGACUUCUGAUUGCGUACUCAGUUGCCAUAAUUGCAUAUACUUUUAUAUACAAUUCAUACCAAGCUAGUGCGUGUGACGUUAACUAUACUAGACAUAGAGCAUUCCGUCAGACACACACAACCUUUUAUCUCACAUAUACACUUCUGUACCAAGCAUACACAUCGUACUAUCUGUCUAAGAUGGAGGCUAUAGGCGCACUCCUUGGCCAGAUCGCCGGUCUCGGAUAUAAUACACAGAACAACAACAUGGAUGGCAAUGUGUUGGCUGGACUGGCACAUAAUAGACACGGGCUGCAGGGCGUCAUGACGGAGAUACAGUCGUUUUCCCAAGGACUCAAUUUGUUGCUGUUGGCGCUGGUUGUCAUUGUGCCAGUGCUGUCGCUGUCGGCCAUUGCACUCGACUGGGCCUAUUUCUUCAGAGGCAUCUCAGUAGAUCACACCAACAUACACGGAUACACGCCGACCGACGAACAGAACUACGACAUGGGAGGUACGGCUACGCCGCCCAUGAUGGUGAGCAUCUCUCGCGGCGAUGGUAUCCAGGUGACCAUUCUAAAGGCAGUCAUCAGUAGUGUUAUAGGCUUCUUUGUUGUUCAGCUGCUGAAGGUAUGUCGCUAUGACAAGGAAUGCGCCUGUGAGUUUCCAUGGGGUUCGAAUCCGGGGUUGUGCCCCGUAUGCUAUUGA